AUGGCCAGCGCCAGCCCUGCCAAGAUGGACAGCAGCGCCAGCCAGUUCCUGCAGCCCGCCUGCUUCUUCGCCGCCGCCCAGAGCGUGCCGCCGCCGCCGCCGCCGCUGAGCCCGGCCGCCGGCCAGCCCUCGCCGGGCAGCAAGGCGGCGGCGCCAAAGCCCGUCAAGCGGCAGCGCUCGUCCUCCCCGGAGCUGAUGCGCUGCAAGAGGCGGCUCAACUUCAGCGGCUUCGGCUACAGCCUCCCGCAGCAGCAGCCGGCGGCCGUGGCGCGGCGGAACGAGCGGGAGAGGAACCGGGUGAAGCUGGUGAACCUGGGCUUCGCCACCCUCAGGGAGCACGUCCCCAACGGGGCGGCCAACAAGAAGAUGAGCAAAGUGGAGACGCUGCGCUCGGCCGUCGAGUACAUCCGAGCCCUGCAGCAGCUGCUGGACGAGCACGACGCCGUCAGCGCCGCUUUCCAGGCCGGGGUGCUGUCCCCCACCAUCUCCCCCAGCUACUCCCACGACAUGAACUCCAUGGCGGGCUCCCCCGUCUCCUCCUAUUCCUCCGACGAAGGGUCCUACGACCCGCUGAGCCCCGAAGAGCAGGAGCUCCUGGAUUUCACCAACUGGUUCUGAGCUCUGGCUGCAGCAGGACUGUUGCAAAAACAAAAUACAUUUUUUUUUCCCCAGAGGAAGGGAAAAUACAUAGCACACGAGGAGCUUGUAUCGCCUCUCCAAGAACACUGAAGCACUCACUGCCUUUGCACUCCGGUCAGUUUCACAAGACCAAGAUGGAUUUGAAAGCUGCGGGGACCACGGCACGAUGAAGCAUGUGUCCUCAAAAACAUGUGUCAUCCUAUCCAUCUAAGGAAGAGCACUGCCUAGCCUCAACAUAGAGAGGGGCUCUUCCUC